CUAAGUGUCUGUUUGGUUUGUGGCUAAAUAUGUCAUAUUUUGAUUAAGGUUGGUCGUCCGAAUUAAAUAACUAGCCUUAGUCAGAAAAAUUAGGUAAAGUGUGCCAACUUAGGUAGGGAACCAAACAUGCCUUAAAGCACUUCACAUUUACCCGUACCGGUUUCUCUUGUAAGUUCCAUAAUUUUGCACACUUAGGGAUGCACUACACCACUAAACUAUUUACCACACCUUCUAUGAUCAUUCAGAUGGUUAUCAGAGAUUCAGAGUCAGUGCAAUUUAUAGACUACUAGUACAGUUUUGGCAUACAAAAACCUAUCGCGGCUGCAGUGUAUGUGGGAACAGUUAUGGAUAGAGUACCCGAUUUAUAGAGAGUUUAAUUUUUUUCCACUUUUCUCUCCCCUCACACCUCAGCCGCCGGUUUAUAGAGAUAGUUUAAUUUUUUUUUCCACUUUUAAAUCCCCUCCCACCUCAGCCGCCGGCCUUCCCCUGCCAGCCGCCGGCCACCUCCGGACGCCGGUUCUUCCUCCUGCCGGCCCAUUCUUCCCUCCCCUCCAUGGAUCCUCCCGCGUCCUCUGCAGGGGCCGCCACCACCACCGCCGUCAGCACAGGCACCGGCCUGCCUCCCCUGCUCGACUCCCUCACCGGCGUGGGUGCGGCCUUUGCGGCCGCUGCCUCCACAGGCGCGGGCUCGGCCCCCCACGCGGAAGCAGGCCGCGCGGCCGUCGCCCCCCACCUCGCCGGCGUGAGCGCCAGCUCCCUGCCUGGCCCACAGGCCGCCGGCGCAGCCACACAGAUCACCGGCGCUGCUCUAGCCAGUUCCCUGCCAGGCCUCUCCGCCGGCUUUCUGCCCAGCCACCUCGCCGGCGUGGGCACCAGCCCUAUGCUCGGCUCGCCGGCCCUCGGCGCCGCUCCCGCCGCCUCCCUGCCCGGCCUCCCCGCCGCCUCCCUGCCCGGCCUCCCCGCCUGGCUUGGCCUCACUUCCACGCAGGCCACCGCUGCUCUCUCUGCGCAGCAGCGCAUUCGUCGCCCGCCGUCAGGCUUCUCAGAUCCAGCGUGGGCUGACACCGUCGUGUCUUCGACUGCUACUCCACCCACAUCCUCCGCGCUUGUCGCAGCCAUCGCCACCAUCCAGGCAGCCGUUGCCGCUUCCCAGGAGCACGAACGCGCCGCGUCUCUUGCCUUGGAGCAAGAACGUGCCAUGGGUGCCGCCCUCACCGCCCAGAUGGCCACCGCGCAACGUCUCCUCCUCGGUCGCAGCCCCACCAUGCUGGUCGCCCAUGACGAUCUCCCGAUCACUUCCGAGGCUCCCCAUGUCUCUGGGCUCGACGCCACCACCAUCGUCGCCCUCCACGCCCAGGCCGUCGAGGUUCACAACAUUCGGUCCCUUGUGUCUGUGGUGUUGGAUCCGACGUCCUCCCACUACCCUCGCUGGCGCGCUCAGGUGCUCCUCACGCUUCGGCGGUUCGCCCUCGCCGACCACGUUCUCUACGACCUCGUCACCCCGCUGUCACCAUCGUGGGCCCAGAUGGACAGUGUGGUCCUCUUUUGGCUCAACAACACCAUCACCGUCGAGCUACAGGACAUCGUCCGCGACCAGGCGGACACCGCUCGCCAGUUGUGGCUAGCUCUUGAGGACCAGUUCUUCAGGAACCGGGAGGCCUGGGCGCUCCACCUCGACGACCAGUUCCACCUGUUCUCUCAGGGGGAUCUCUCCGUGGGGGAGUACUGCCGCCAGAUGAAGGGCAUGGCGGACUCCCUCCGGGACCUCGGCGAGCCGGUCGCCGACCGUACCGUGGUGUUAAACCUUUUGCGUGGCCUUAGCCCCCGCUACAGUCACCUGAAGGCUUUGAUUAAGAGGACCGUGCCCUUUCCCACCUUCCAUGUCGUGUGGAACAAGCUUCUUCUCGAGGAGCUCAUCAUGGAGACUGAGGCACCCGCUCCGGCCCCGCCCCUCUACAGCUCUCCUCCCGGCGGUCAGGCGCCUUCGAGGGAGCAGGCCCCUCGCUCUCUGUCGAUCGGGGCUCCUACCCGCCCUCCACCCGCAGUCCCUGCGGCUCCUCGUUCGGCUUCCACCGCCAACGGAGGUCGUCGCUCCCGCAAGGGCGGUCGCGGGGGUGGCGGCUCCACCCGAGGUGGUCCCUUCGGCCAAGGUGGCGGCCAGGCGUGGCCAUCAUUCUACAACCCCUGGACCAGGACCAUCUCCAUGUGGUCGGGCCAGGCCUCUAGUGCCUCCUAUCCUCCGGUGCUGGCGCUCCUGACAGCGCCUCCCUACGGCGUGCCUCCCACGCCUCCCUAUGGCGUGCCACCAACGACUCUGGCACCAUUCCAGCUCUCGCCCUCGUGGACCACCACAUCGACGCCUUGGUCCCCGCUGGCUGGAGGAUGGAACUCUGCCUCCCUCGUCGCCGCCUUCAGCACCAUGGCGAUGACCCCACCCCCCUCCGACUGGGUGGUCGACUCAGGUGCUUCCUACCACACCACUCCCACUGCAGGAUCUGACCACCAGGACCCCUCUCGCCCGCUGUGACAACUCAGGGGCCCUCUACAGGCUCUGCCCUAACCCCACCGGUGCGUCUCCACCUCCCGUCCUGGUCUCCACCACUUGGCAUCGUCGUCUCGACCAUCAAGGAUCAUGAUCAAGCUCACCAAUAGUUUAGAUCUUUCAUGUAGUGGGGGACAUUUUGAUGGUCUCUGCCAUGCUUGUUAGCUAGAUCGAUAUACUUGUCUCCCAUUCACUACUUCUAGGGCUAAGCAGGCUUUUGAUCUGGGUCAUUAUGAUCUCUGGACCUCCCCUGUACUCAGUUUGUCUGGAUAUAAAUACUAUCUGGUGAUUUAAGAUGAUUUUCCCAUUUUCUUUGGA